UUGAAAACUUAAAGAAAUAAAAUAAAAUUCAAAGAAUUAUAUGUACACUAAAUAAAUUGGUACAUUAGAUAUGUGGACAAAGCUAUGUAGUCGAAUUAUAUUAGUGCAUCGUUAUUUGUGAUUUAUUCAAAUAAAUAGACCUAAGACUGACCAGUGCCAUUUUAUAUAGUUCAUAGUAGUGUUGAAUUGAAACUGAAGCAAUUUAUAGUAGACAUUAUCAGCAACAUGGCUGCUGCUAGUGACCUGAGUAGCAUCGAUAACAAUGAUUUAUUCUUUCAAAAUCCAGAAAAACAGUGGAUAGACGGCCCAAGUGAAUUUAUUGAGCUGACUCCAUCAGAUUAUGAUCAACACAUUGAUUUAGGAAACGGUGAUGGCUACAGCAAUAAUGAUACACUCGAUAUCAUGGAACUGCCGAAGUCAACGAUAAACACAAUUUUUCCUAUAUCGCCUUGUGGUCCACCGGACAGAGCCUGUUUCCCGGGAGAGUAUAAUUUUCAUGUGGAAAUAAACAGUGCCGAUACCCAUAAAAAGAAAUACUUAUAUUCUUCGAAGCUGGGUCGCCUAUACGUGGACGCUGGAUGCGACUUCCCGAUCUAUUUCAUGUGGUCCGGCGUUGCGACCGGACUGGCGGUGCGCGCGUGCGUCAUCUUCCUGGACCAGGACCAGGCCGAGAAACGUGUCGAGACGUGUCCCAAUCACGACCUCGCCAAACGGGACCCCAACCAUAUUGUGACUCCAGAAUUCACAAAGAAAUGGAAGAACGUGCUACACUCCUCGAGAAAUGAUGAUACCGAUGGCGUUUACUAUUGCGGUGACAAAAACUCUUGGUACUCCACCGUGGUGACGUUCGAUAAUAAGACCGAGAAGCGGAGUCACGCGUAUCGAUUUGUUUGCAAGAACUCAUGCCCGAUGGGAAUCAACCGGCGGUCGCUGGCAAUCAUAUUCACGUUGGAGGAUUAUAAAGGCACCGUGUACGGGCGAGAGAUGGUGAACGUGCGCGUGUGUGCGUGUCCGCGGCGCGACCUCCACAAGGACGAGGAGGCCGCACACGGACACCACCGCGCGCGCACCAGGGACCCCCAGGACCCGCCCGGCCCGCCGCGGACCAAGAAGAUCAAGACCGAGCCGGUCGACCCCACCGACGACGACAAGAUCGUCGAAGUACCCGCGUUCAAAGUACGAGGUGUGGCAGCCACAAUCAUGGGUCUGGAAACAAUGAAGAACAUGAUGGAAUUGUACAGAAGGAAAACCACCGACCCACACAACGCCGCGCAGACCGACCAAUGCAUUAGUGACGUUAAGAACGUUAUAAAUAAGAUCAAAAAUACUUCGCAAACCCAACCUACCCAGUAAACAAUGUUACUUAAAAGAUUAGGAUUUAAUCAUUUUAAUAUUUUUUUAUUUCAUUCAAAGCUUUUUAUUUGAUGGAUUUUAAGAUUUUUGUGGAUAUAUCUCAAUAGCAUCCUGCUUGUGUUAUUGGAUAAUCUGGCUGAGAACCAGUGAUGGAUGAUAAAAUGGUGAUGACAUCAUGUCUGCUAGUCCAUCGACAGUGUGGAUGUAAUAAUAUAUUCAUAGUAAGGACCAAUUAAUAAUAGGACAAGGACAAUUCACACAGCGCCAUCUAGUCCCAAGCUAAGAGCUUGUGUUAAGGGUAAUAACUAAUAGAAAUUAAUUGGAUGAUAAUAUGGAUAUUAAUUUUUGUAUCGUGCCUGGAAUCGAACUCACUAUUAUGACAAAUAAAUCGCUAGACCACGUCGUCAUUACUAGGAAUGCACCUCAGUUUGUUUGUUACAUUCUUGGUAUCUUAACAGAUAAACCAAUUUUCAUUAAAUUUGAUUUCAUAGUUUUUAUUUUUAUUUUUAAGGGUUUUAGGCUAUUGUCAGGUGCUAAGUAGGGAAAAAAAAUUAUAAUGUAAAACUUGACGUUCAUAAGCGGCUAAAAUGUCCUACAUGAAUAAAUGAUUUUUUAAUUUGAAUAAGACUGUAACAAUGCAACCUGCAAAGAUAUAUUGUGCUCGCCAUUUUUGAAAGCUCGCUACAUAGACCCUUAUCCAUUCUUGAUGACAAGAAUUGAAGGAUAUUCUUAGGAGCGAUGGUUUAUAUUUCCUCAGGAUAGAGUGUAUACUUUCCGAAGGAGAUAUUUUGUUUAUGCAUUAGUGGGCUGCAACCACAUACGAUGUGUAGUGGCGUUUCCUCUUCUGCUUAGUCUGCAGAUUAUUGUUAAGGUCGGGGCUAAUUUUGCCUUGUGUUUCAGAAUUUACUUCGCACAAUAACAUGAAAAAAUCGGUAUGGAUGCUAUAUAGAUACCAAAUUGUAUGAUGAUCACUUAAUAUGUUAAGGCGUGCAAACAAAUUUAGUUUCCCAUUUAUAAUAAUAUUAGUUAAGAUUUAUAUCUUUAUUUGCUAGAGCAUUGAUUUUAGAAGUUUUAAAAUUAUUUUUACUUAUUUAGUAUUUUUAAUGUUUACUCAUAAAGUAGACAGUAUGUAGACUAUAAGUGGUAUAUUGUUAAGUUAUAAAGUAAAUUAGAUCUGUGGUAACCAGAUUUGGUGCGUAACAUCACAUUUUUGCUGUUACUAGAAUGUUCAUCUACUUUUGAGUUAAAACUUAGCCAAGAUUCAUUCUUGUCAUAUAAUAUUUCAUUAAGAUCCGUUCAGACUUUUAAAAAAGUUUGUUACCUUACGUACAGACAUACACUGUCUAUUUUAUAUUAUUAAUAUGUAUUAUGUCAAAUAUUCCGCCUACUAAGAAUGACCUGAAUCUUAGCGAAUGAAAUUGAUUGGUCAAAUAUUUCAUUCAUUUUUUUCAUUCUUUCUAUCCUAACUGAUGAUAACUGAUAUAUAGGUUCUAUACGAAUUUAGUCCAAAAUAUAAUUUUAAUAAAACGUAAUAAAAUAUAUGAACUUUUGUUUUGCUAAAUCACCAAUCAAUGGGCCAGUGAUUUUUAAUAUGAAUA